AUCACUCGGAAGCACCUGGAGAGGGCCUCAUCUGUCCCCUCAUGUGAAACCAUGCGGCCAUGCCCAGGAAACCCAACAUCCUUUACCGUGGUGGACUGCAGUUACUGAGCUCACCAUGCCCACCACCCCAUCGGUAUUCCUACAUUGCCCGCCCAUACGCCACCGGCUCUGAUAAUCCAGCCGCGGAUAUCUCAUGGCCCUCCUCUCCGACAUUCACCCCUUAUGAGCUCUUCCAGCAAGACCGGAGGGCAGCAUAUUCCAAGUCCCGCUACUAUGAAAUGGUCAAAGUCUACCACCCGGAUCGCCCGUGCAACGGACACCCACUGUGUCGAGACCUCUCGCCCGAAGUGAGACUGCAACGAUAUCGUAUCAUAGUCGCUGCGCACGAAAUCCUCUCCGACCCGAGCAGACGAUCCGACUACGACCGGUUUGGCCUGGGAUGGAACCUGCAUCCUUCCACGGCCCAGUCCGCAGGUGCCUACGACCCCAUAUUCUCGAACGCCACCUGGGAGGACUGGGAGAGAUGGCAUAACCGCCAUCAGCGGAAGCCGGAAACCCUCGUUGACCACCGGACCUUUGCGACCUUUGUCAUUCUUCUCACCUUGCUUGGCGGCGCCCUUCAGGCGUCCUGGAUUACCCAGCUCCACAAUGGUUACGAGAGUAGAGUGUCGGAGUUCACUGAAGAGUCGGCGCGGUUGCUGAAAGGGCGAAAGGACAACACGGUCCAUCAGAUGCGGUCAUUGGAUGCGAGGGUCGAACACUUUCUCAUUCGCCGAGAUCCGUCGGGGUGUGGCUUGAAGGAGGGAGAACAGCCGGUCUACGAGAAGGUGCUGCAUUCUCGGAAGGGCUCUGGGGCAUCUGCCAAGGCUGAGGGCGCAGGGAAUCAAAAGGCCCCCGACAACGAUAGCGGGGAAGCAGAUGGAGGAGGUCCGUGACAGCUGCCCAGAAAGAUCUUUAUAUACAAAGUAUAAAGUACUAUGACAUGCAUGCAUGGAUUCAUAGGCAUGCGCAGUAAAUACAAAUGUGCAAAUAUGACUGGUUCAUCGAGACCUGGCGUGUGAUUGAUCGAUCCGGGAUUAUCAACCUGUCGGUAU